CUGAUCAGGGCACCUAUUCAUGUCAGUAAAAUGCAUGUUUUUGCCAUAGCCACACUGCACUUGCUGCAGUUUCUAGCAGCAAUACCCCUGAUACUUUCAUAUAACAUAGCAUUGCCUGGUUGCACUGACACAUGCGGAAACACAACCAUACCUUACCCAUUCGGUAUUGGCGACGAACGGUGCUUCCGCGAGGGCUUCAAACUAGUGUGCGACCCAGCUUAUGAUCCCCCCAAGCUCUUCAUGAACGGCCCUGGAUAUGAAGUUCACAAGAUAAAGCUGGCACGUAGAGUUCUGCACCUUGAUACCGGCAUCACCCAAAUGUUGGGGGGAGACAGCUACAACCAGAAAUGGAUCCUCGACUUGGAUGACAAACUCUUCCGGGUAUCGGCAGACAUGAAUGUUUUCAUCACCCUGGGUUGUGGUUUCCACUUCUUCAUAGGUAGUUCUCCUGCAGCAGCAGGAGACAAUGCUACUAGCAGCAGCAACUGCGUUUCGAAUUGCCGCCCAGGUUACCCCAUACUGGCAACGGAUGGCACAUGCUAUGGCAUUGGCUGCUGCAACGCAUCGGUGGUUGAAGACCACAACUCCUACACGAUCAAGCUUCUCUCCCUGCAGUCUAGUCCAAGGGCGGUGCCGUUCAACGCGAGCAUGGUGGUGGUGAAGGGGGAGUGGUGGAGGAGGGCAGACAAUGCCAUGCUGCUGCAGCAAGAGGUCCUGUCAAGGCUGGGUGCCAUCGCUGGGGCGCCGGAUGCUGCAAGGAAUGUGGGUGUCCGGACUGUGGUUAACUGGAUGCUGGGUAACUCAUCGUGCGUGGAAGCUAAGAAGUUGAGUGAUUUUGGGUGUCUCAGUGACAACAGUGAGUGUUUUGAUGGCCCUGCAGGGAGAGGCUAUGCGUGCAAGUGCCGCUCAGGAUAUGAUGGUAACCCUUACAUGCCAAAUGGAUGCCAAGAUAUUAAUGAAUGCAUGCUGCCAAAUCCACCCCUAUGCUUUGGGAAAUGCAUAAAUACAGUAGGAUCAUAUGAGUGUAUCUGUCCAGGUGGCACAUCUGGUAACGCCCAUAUACAAAAUGGAUGUGUUUCAAGCAAACUUAAAUUUUCAGGACUCAUCAUUGGAAUAGGACUUGGUGGCAGUCUAAUCAUCGUGGUACUAAUUCUUACUGGAAUUGUCGUAAGGCGAAAGUUCAAGUCUCGAAGGGCCAAAAAACUGAAGGAAUUCUUCUUCAAGCAAAACCGAGGAUUGUUGCUUCAUCAACUUGUAGACAAGGAUAUCGCUGAAAGGAUGAUCUUCAGCUUAGAAGAGCUUGAGAAGGCGACAAACAAUUUUGACGAGUCUCGAAAGCUUGGUGGUGGUGGCCAUGGAACCGUCUAUAAAGGGAUUUUGUCUGACCAACGUGUUGUUGCUAUCAAGAAGUCAAGAUAUGCUAUUAAGAGAGAAAUUGAUGGAUUUAUUAACGAGGUUGCCAUACUUUCCCAAGUAAAUCACAGGAAUGUAGUGAAGCUUUUUGGAUGUUGUCUUGAGACAGAAGUUCCAUUGUUAGUCUAUGAGUUCAUUCCAAAUGGAACACUUCAUGAAUAUCUUCAUGUCAACUCUGCACAAUCAGUCCCAUGGAAGGAACGGCUGAGGAUAGCACUUGAAAUAGCUAGGUCUCUUGCUUAUCUACAUUCAGCUGCUUCGGUAUCAAUCAUCCACAGAGAUAUCAAGACCACCAACAUUCUACUUGAUGAUAGGUUCAUAGCAAAAGUAUCCGACUUCGGAGCUUCUCGAGGUAUCCCAAUUGAUCAAAAUAUUGUAACUACUACUAUCCAGGGAACUUUUGGAUACUUAGAUCCAGAGUACUACCGUAAAAGCCGACUUACGGAGAAAAGUGAUGUAUACAGCUUUGGUGUCAUACUUGCGGAGCUAAUAACACGAAGAAGGCCAACUUCCUACAUAUCACCAGAAGGCUUCAAUCUAACCGAACAAUUUAUCUUGCUAGUUAGUGAGGACAGGCUCUUGGAAAUAGUAGACAGUCAAAUCACUAAGGAGCAGGGAGAAGAAGAAGCCAGAGAAGUGGCAGAAAUUGCUGUUAUGUGCUUAAACUUAAAGGGUGAAGACAGGCCGACAAUGCGGCAGGUUGAGGUGAAACUUGAAGGGUUGCAGGGUGCUGUAAACACUAUCAGAGGUCGACGUGCAGUUCAGUUGAAUUCUCCAUUGACUGAAGAGAGCGAUUCCAACAUCGUUGCUGUUGGUGACGCUGGUUAUCACAACUCAAGCAGGCGGCUCAGUAUGGAGGAGGAAUUCUGGUCAUCUAUGAGCUUUCCUCGUUGACCAUCUUGUUUCUCAUCCAGCUCAUAAGAUUUUUUGUUUUGUUGGUCUUUUUUUAAGUUUCUCUUGGAACAUCUGCAAUUGCAAGGAACUUCCAAGCUGUAUCAGUAGGAUCCUCCACAACUCGUGCGAUUUCAACAAAACUUGAGAACUUGGCACUUCCCUGCAGUCCUGUACUGUCCGUGUAAUAACUUAUACUCCCUCCGUCCCAAAAAUAAUAAUAAACAUAGUACGGGAUGCGACACAUCCUAGCACUACGAAUAGAAAUAUUACUAGCUUUGUUAGGAGUAGUCCUAGUUCCAAGUGAUCCUUUCAGUUAUCACUAUGGAUCUGCCAAACUGAUAUGUAAUAUGCAGAACAGUUAACUAAACUUAUAGUGGAUAUUCAGUUAUACAUUGUCAG